AGUGGCGCAAGCGUUCCGAGAACGAAUACAAGUCUCCGAUAGAAUCAAGGACGGCUUGACGUACAAGGAUGCAUUCGACGGACGCGAAGCGGUCGACAAGAUCGCGUAUAUCAUCAAGACUACGGACAGAAACCUAGCUCUGCUGCUCGGACGCGCUCUGGACGCGCAGAAGUUCUUUCACGAUGUUACGUACGACCAUCGGUUGCGAGACAAUCCGAACGAGUUGUACCAGUUUCGGACGAAAUUGCCCAGCCCGUUUACCAGUGGCGAACUGGCCAAUAUGGAUGGAAACGCAGCACAAGAGGAUGGUGUGCCGAAUGGGAAAGCUGCAGAACGUAAUGCUGGCGACAAUAGGGACGGCAGCCCUCCUCCUGGAUCCCCGACGACGCCUUACCCCGCUACGCCGCAGACACGACCUGAAGCUGAUACAGACUCUUCCGACGAAGUCGCGCUUCCUUCUGGUGUCUUUACGUUAUUGACAGACUGUUAUUCACCAACGUGUUCGCGUGAUCAGCUUUGCUAUAGUAUAGCAUGUCCAAGGCGAUUAGAGCAGCAAGCUCGACUGAAUAUGAAGCCUCAGCCAGGGCUGAAGAAGCAGAUCAGUAAGGAGUCCCUGGGUGACUUUGUGGAACCUGGGACAUUGUGGAUACAUUCAGUGCCGAAGGAGGUGGUGGACAGCGUUACGGACACGGAGAAGAAACGACAGGAGGCCAUCAACGAGGUAAUCUAUACCGAGCGUGACUUCGUCCGUGAUAUGGAGUAUCUCCGAGACGCGUGGAUCAACCCCUUGAAGCAGUCGGAUGUCAUCCCAGAACACCGCCGUACGGACUUCCUGGAGCAAGUGUUUUGGAACAUACACGAUAUCAUCGCUGUCAACACCCGGCUGCGGGAUGCUCUUAACAAGCGUCAGAAGUCCUACGCGGUUGUGGAACGUAUAGGGGAUAUCCUUCUGGAUGCUGUUCCUCAUUUCGGGCCAUUUGUUUCGUAUGGUGCUCACCAGCUAUACGGGAAGUACGAGUUUGAGAAGGAGAAGAGCUCCAAUCCCGCAUUUGCUGCGUUUGUUGAGCAAACGGAGCGACUGCCGGAGUCUCGCAAGUUGGAGCUCAACGGAUACCUGACGAAACCCACGACACGGCUUGCAAGAUACCCUCUCCUCCUGGAAGCCGUGUUGAAGCACACACCGGAUGACAAUCCUGACAAGACCACACUGCCCCAAGUUAUUGCUCUUGUGAAGGAGUUCUUGAGCAAAGUGAACAUAGAGUCUGGGAAGACCGAGAACCGUUUCAAUCUCCUGCAGUUGGACCAGCAGCUCGUGUUCCGACCGGGCGAGGAAGUGGACUUGAGACUGCGGGAAGAAGGUCGAGAACUUGUUUUCAAAGGCGCGCUGAAGAAGCGUGGUGGUACGCAGGGCGAUGGGGGCGAGCUGCUGGUAUUCUUGUUCGAUCACGCGCUACUAAUGGUGAAGCAGAAGACAAAGCACGAGCAGUACAAAGUAUACCGACGGCCAAUACCACUGGAGCUUCUCUUGGUCUCGGCUGCUGACGACUCGGGAGCGACCGCGAAGCCUCAGGGUAAGGGUAAACAGGGCCUGGCCAAGAAGAACUCCUUCACCAAGAGCGGAUCCAACCUGCCCGCGCUCCCCAUCAAGGUCGAUAGCAAGGGCGGCUAUGCUAUUACUUUCGUGCAUCUGGGACGCAAGUACUAUUCGCAGACGCUCUGGGCUAGUACGUAUGUCAGCCAGCGCAAGUGGGUUGAGCAUAUCGCGAAGCAGCAGGAGAUCAUGCGGGAGCGCAGCUUGGUGUUUGAUACUGUCACGCUGAGUGAAGGCUUUUUUGUUGGACCGAAUAAAGUUAACUGCGCUGCGCCGUUCAACGGUGGGAGGCGUUGUGUGUUUGGCACUGAUGACGGCGUCUACAUGUCCAGUCUCGAGGCCACCCAAGACCCCGUCAAGGUCCUCGCGCUGUUGGAUGUCUCUCAGAUUGAUAUUCUGGAGGAGUUCCAGCUUCUUAUCGUUCUUUCUGAGCGUCAAGUCAUCACGUUCCCCUUGGAAGCGCUGGACCCUAAUGAUCCCAUGGCGGGUUUGAAGCGGGCGAAGAGAAUAUCGUCCCACACAUCAUUCUUCAAAGCCGGCGUGUGCUUAGGAAAGACCCUAGUUUGCGUUGUCAAGGCGAGCCCACUGUCCAGCACAAUCAAGACAUUGGAACCUAUCGAUCAGAAUGUGCGAGGUAGGAGUAAGCCGACUUUCCGGAAGCUCCUGCAAGGCGGGCAUGAUACCCUUCGGGUCUUCAAGGAGUUCUAUAUUCCGGUGGAGUCGAGCUCUAUCCACUUCUUGAAGACGAAGCUAUGUGUUGGCUGCACCAAGGGCUUCGAGAUUGUGGAUCUGGAGAGCUUGGAUACCCAGGGUCUCCUGGAUCCCGCGGAUGAAUCUCUCGAAUUUGUCUUAAAGAGAGAGAACCUCAAGCCAAUGGCCAUCUACCGAAUAGACAACGAAUUCCUCCUGUGCUAUGAUGAAUUCGCUUUCUACGUCAACAAAAAUGGAUGGCGGUCGCGCAAGAACUUCAUGGUGCACUGGGAAGGAGUGCCGACUGGGUUUGCCUUACGCUACCCAUAUGUUCUUGCUUUCGAGCCCACCUUUGUGGAGAUCCGUCAUGUUGAAACUGGUUCCAUGGCCCAGGUCAUCCAGGGGAAUAAUUUGCGAUGCCUUUUCGCUGAUACGCCACCUUCAACCACGAAUACGUCGAGUCAACUCCACUAUAACCCAUACCAGGGGUACGGGUACGAGCCCUAUCCAAACGCCUACGGGAGUCGACAAUCAAUCGGCAGCGCCCAUAGCACGUAUUCGCCCUAUCCGAGCCAGAGGCACCACGCCUUUGGGCGGGACGAGAUACUCAUGGUUUCUGACGACCGAGUCAUGGCUAUCAGGAUGGCGGGGCCGCCCAUAUCCGACAACGCGUCUAUGGUCUCUGUGCCUCGAUGACACAUGUAUGUUCCUCGUGCUUUCUAGGUUUUGUGUAGCGUUUAUUGUUACGUGGUCGAUCAGGCCCUGUUCUAUCAUCUGUUUACAUUUUCUUGUUUGCCUCAUCUUUGUCGCUCUAGCACGCACAUAUAUCCUACAUGCAUCUGUAUCGUUGCACCUGAACAACAUAG